AUUUUGGUGAUACAUAAAGCAAUAGAACUGAAUCAAAUUCGAUUUACUACAUCCAGGAUUCCUUUUUGAUUGUCAUUGAAGGUAUUUGUCCACGGCUUGCCGUGUAACAAAUUGGAUGACGUACGAUCCGUGGACCGUAGGCACGCGAGCCUACAACGACGUGCAAGUUGUGCGUAGAAUGCACCGUGCGGUGCGAUUGAAACUCUGCGAAUGCGACAAUGAAGAGAUAGAUAUGGCCAGUAAAAUUCGAAAUCCAUGGUGUCCGGACAGAGAAACAAUUUUAGAAGACUUUUCUUCAUGUCCAGCUCUAAUGGGAAAUGGUCUAAGUAUCCAUCAAAUAAUUUCGCCCAAAGGAUUAAAUCAAGCUGACAUGGCAGCCACGCAAUUCGCUUUUCUCGGGUUAAUUGUGUUGUACCCUCACGAACUCGGCAUUCAUGCUAGCGAUGAAGAUAUGGCAGCCUUUUGUCAUACAUGGAGAGGUCUAGGAUAUCUUCUUGGCAUGGAGGACCAAUAUAAUUUCUGCCGCGGCAGUCUGAAGGAGAUUGAGCAAAGAUCGCGCGACUUCAUGGAAUUUUUUAUGAUACCCAAUUUGUCGAGAGUAACGCCCGAAUGGGAACAUAUGUUGAGAUGCUUUGCGGAAGGUUCAUCUUACUUUGGUAGUAUUUUGCCUUUCAAGGUAUUGCUAUUGAUCGUCACCGAUUUAUUGAACAUCGGUAUGCCACGUAUGCGAAGUACGCUCACUUAUUUU